ACCGAUCAUCCAAGUUUGAGCUGCACGUACGUACGCCAUGGAAGGCAAGGGUGGUCUCCGGGCUGUGAUCCUCCUCCUGGGCGCGGUCCUCGUCAUAGGGAGCAUGGUGCCGCUGGCCCAGGCAGAUCCGACGGCCGCCGCCACCGGAGCUGCGGACGCCAAGUUCUGCUGCAAGGACAAGAUAGGGAGCCACUGCUACGCCGCCUGCACCACGCAGUACGGCCCCAUCCCGUUCUGCGCGGAGAUGUGCUGCUGUGUGCAGCUUACGAGCGGCAGAUGUCCGAGGCAAUGUCCUACCCCGGCCGAUCCCAGACUUUUUCUUGCGGAUAGCUCCGCCUCCGACCUUCUCACUAGCAACGCCGUUGAGGUCGAGAGCUGCACCCUGAGGUGCUCGUCCAUCGUCUGUCACAGCAUGCGCAACGUUGUGGAUGGCGGCAGCGAGGGGACGAAAGCCGUCGUGGAGCGCUGCGGCGAUGCAUGCGGCCGCUUCUGCGCCGGGGCCGGCGGCGUUGCAUCCCUUGAUGCUUAAUAAUAGUACUAUCAAUCAAGCAUGCAUAUCAUGCACGCACGCGCUCAUGCGUGCGUCCGGAUGCAUGUGCUAGCUGCCACUACGUACUGAGCAGCCCAGAGACGACGCAUCUCUGUGUUUGCUCUUUGUUUUCAUCAUCAGUAUAAUAAUUGGAUUCCACCGUGUGAUGGUGCGUAUUCAAGUUCAAGCCAGUGUGUGACGACGUCGCCUUGGAUAUAAGUAUAUACGCGUUCAUCAUGGCGUGAUGUGUUCAUGCGUAUGUACGUGUUGAACGAGCUAGCUAGUAUGAUGUACUCCCUCUAUCACAGUUUAAAGGGCGUAUCUUCAAAACCA